AUGGUGCAGUUUAACGAAGUAUUUUGGGGUGAUAGAGGAUUCGAAGUUUUAUCAACUAAUCUAAAAAAUGGAGUUGUAGCUAUCGAAGAAUUUCAACGUUUUUUAAAUGAAAGCUUUCAGUGUGAAUCGACCUAUCAUAAAAAUAUAAGUCGAAUAUCAAGUCAACUAAUUAAAGUUCAAAAUGUUGGCACUUUUUCUCCAAUAUGGACGGCUAUUCGAGAUUUAUUAGAAAAAAUAGCAUCAGCUCAUUCAACAACUGUUUCAUUGUAUCAGGAUUUAAUUCGUGAUGUUCACUCGUAUCAUGAUUCCUAUAAUAAAAAAUUAAAAGUUCAAAUUCAAAAAGAUACAGAUAUAGUAAAGACAUCUGAUCUUAUUCAGCAAUUGAAUCAAACGUUGAAUAAUUUAAAUAAAGCCAAAGAUGUAUAUCAUACAGUGACCUUAGAUUAUGAACGUGCAAAAACGGAGUUAAGACGAAGUGGACUUAAUCAGAAUAUUGGUACUACAAUAGGAGGAGGUGGAAAUCUGAAUGAAACGAACGGUGGUGGUCAACAACAACUAGGCACCUCAUUAUCAAAUACAUUUGGAACAUUGACAUCAUCAAACAGACAAUUUGAACGUUUAGAAAAAAAAUAUCGUCAAACAAAUUUGGAGUAUCGAUCAUUAAUAGAAAAAUAUAAUACUAUACGAAAUGAAUUUGAAAAACGUUUUUAUGAUGUUAGUAAUAAAUUUCAAGAUUAUGAAACAGAACAUAUACAAACAAUGUUAAAACACUGUCAAAGUUAUUCAGAUUUAUUAAGAUACAAUAAUGAACAUAUCAAAUUGGCAUAUACAGAAUUUAAUGAUAAACUAAAUAUAGUUACUAUACAAGACUUAUUAGAGACAUUUGUUGAACAGAAAAAAACUGGUGUAGAGCGUCCCGAUAAUAUAAAAAUAUUACCAUCGUUGACAAAUUCGUCACAAGGUACACCGACGCCUGAUAAUACUGACAAUACAUAUGGAAUGAUUACUUUUGUUAAUGAGUCAAAUACAAAUACGAAUUCAACAUACAAUGCUUCAUUACCAUCACAAAAUUUAACAUUUACAAUGAAAAAAAGUGAGAAUAAUCGACCAUCGAGUUCAUCGUCGAUGACCAAUAAUAAUAAUAAUGUAGCACAUAUUCCUACAUUAAGUUUAAAUAAUCCUAACCAUCCACUUUCUCAUUUACAAAGUUCAACAACAACAUUAACAACAGCCAGUGAACAAUUUUUAGGCAGUAAUCCUUUUAAUCCAUUUGACGUUAAAAUAAAAAAACCAUCAUUUAAAGGUUUAUGGCCAACUAGAAAAGAAAAGAGUAAAGAAAAAAAAGUUCAAAAGACAGCUCAAAAACAAAAUGCUCCUGAUACACAACGUGAUGAGAAUGUUCCAGUAACCUUGCACAAUUUAGGUGAACUAAGUGAACAUAAUAUUGGCAAAAUUAUUGGUAGUAGCGAAACUCUCAAUCCGUCGCCCACAACAAUAUCAAACGUUGUUCUUCCUGUUCCAAAAGGCAAAUGUCCAACACCUGAACCUUAUAGUCGAGAAAAAUUGAGCCCACAAGCAUUUGAUAAACGUCAGGUAAACUGUCAAAGUACUAUACCAUUUUCAACUGCGUAUAAUAAUCAUCAGCAACAACAAUCAUCUGAAUCGUCAACAAGCUCAGAUGAUGAUGAUGAUGAUUAUCCAAUGGCAAAAAUACAAUUUAAAAUUAAUCCAGCAGCAAAAACAGCAACAACAGAAAUAGGUGAUGAAUCAAAAAUUAGUGAUGCAAUGAAACAAGUCGAUAAAAAUAUUGGCCAUUUAGCCACAUAUUCAAGAGCAACUGGUCGUAAAGUACCGGAUUUGAGCAAAUCGAUAUCAGUUGGUCAAAUGAGAUCUCCACCUCCACCACCUCCGCAUCCAACAUCGACUAUGUCUACAAGUGCGACAACUGAUAAUGUUGUUAACUUGUCUCAUUCAAAUGAUGUGUGGCAAAAUCAGCGUUCAAAUUCAUUAAGUUCAUCAACAAACCCACAGGCUCCUUUUUUGACAAAUAACCACGAAAAAUAUGUUACCACAUCGUAUGAAGAAGAUGCGGAAGUAGCAAAUUCGUUUCCAAAUUCUUCAACAUCCAAUAGUCCGAUGACAAUAAAACAAGCAUCACCACCACCACCACCAUUUCCCACAAUUCCGAGACCGAUAACUCGUACGAGACAGCCAAUUCAGCAGCCAACAAUAAGUACAGCACAACAGUUAUCAUCAGUGUCUUCGAGUUCUGUUGACAGUACUAUUACCAAUGGACGUACUACUCCUUUUACGCAGAAUGCAAGUAUAGGAACGUCUGCUAGUUUACAGUUUGGCACGAAUAAUUCAAUAUCAUCCACGAAUGAUCGUAUAUCACCGUUAACAAUUGGCUCAACAGAUAAUAUUCCAAUAGCAAUUGCUUACCAAGAAACUGUUCAUGUAGUAAUGAAUGGAGAUGAUCAAACAAAAUGGAAAAUUCGUAUACUAGGUGAUAUGCUUGUAUCAUUUCCCGCUGCUAUAUUGCAUCUACUGGCCACUCCAUCUCCGCAUCUUUCUCAACUUGAAUUUUGUUUAAAAAAUUUGACAAAAGUGGACAAUAUUAUUGCUAAUCCGCAACUAGUCAGUUUAAAUCAAACAUUGUCCGAACAAAAUGCCCCAGUCUAUAGUUUUAAUAUGACUGCAUUAUCUGAAGUACUUAAAAGCUUACAAAUAAAAAAUCCAAAUUUACCAUUUUUUAAUUUUGGUGUUUUAAAAUAUGAAGUUAAGCAUACGGGACCCAGCAGUGUUCCAAUUCAAGUAUCAUCACAAUGGACAACAACGUCUGAUACAAUUAUCGUUAACGUUGUUUAUCGAUUUAAUAGUUCCGCAUUUCCAGAUAACAUACGUUUAAUUAAUGAUUUUGUUAUAUUUCACACAUUUGUCAAUAAUGCCAAUCAACUGACAGACUCACUUCCCAUGGCUGAAUGGUCGUUAGCCGAACAUAAAAUUUUAUGGAAAGUGCCUUAUACAUUUGAUGGGAGUGGAACAUUAGUAGCAACAUUAUCUACUCUCAGUAUUGAUCAUAACAAUCAAGAGAAGGAAAAUAACGUGAAUAAAAAUGAACACGAACUACCCGUAACAACAUCAUCUCCAAUUCAUGUGCAAUUUUUGGGUGAAAAUGCUUUGUUUUCAUCUAUUGAUUUUGAAUUUGCUUGUCGGGGAUAUCGUGUUUCACUAUUAAAAAAGAAAAUUUGUAGUGGUAAAUAUCAAUCGGAGUCACGCGAUAGUAAUAACUCUAGACAUCCAUCAGUCCAAAUCGAUCAUCAAAUCGGUUUGUCAUCGUUAGUGACUCAAACGAGUGCAGCCUCAUAA